AUGAGCUUUGGAGUAGUAUUUAUCAUUGGUUUAGUACUAAUCGCAGCAACCUAUCUAUUCUGGUACUACAUGCAGCCUUGGUAGAUGUAUAAGGUUGACAUUACUCAAGAGAAAAUAUAGAAAAGAAGGGUGCUAUAUAAGGAAUUCAAGGGUAGCUACACUGAUAUAAAAGACACCUUUGAUAAUCUUCUAGAAUUAAUUGAAAAGACGAAAAAGGUUUAAGGAACUCCUAUGAUUUUAGGUGAUAUAAUAUAGUAGCUAUUUGGAGUUUACUAUGAUAACCCUGACAAGCUAGCAGAUGAGUCCUAAUCAAAAGCAAUUUAUGGAGUCAUUAUCCCUGAUGGCAUUUCUAGGGAGAAAGAGGAGGCUUUAAUUGGCUUUUUUGUCAAUAGACAUGGAUUUAAAUUGGGUGAACUCCCUGAGAGCGAUGGACUGCAUGGUAAACUACCUAACGAAGAAUACUAUUUCUAUGUGCUCAGAAACCUUGAAUUCUAGCCUGUGAUGAAGGGCGACCUCUAACAAAUGAAAAUAUGGUAUUAGGAAUAUUAGAAGCAUCAGGAAAAAGGAGAAGGUUGUCAAAUGGAAAUAUAUGAUAAGGACAGCAUUCAUUUCUACCUUCCCAUUACUAACAUGCAACCAUCAAGAAAAAUCAAUGAGGAAUUAGCCCUAAAUGAUUCAUCAAUCCAAAAGGUAGAGGAAAUAUAUAAAAAGACAGCGUAUAAACCUAGUUUCGGUUCAUCCGCACAGAGAAAUAGCAUGAAACAGUAGUCUCAUUUGAAUAAUCAUCCAUAAUACAAACCUUUGCCAGUGUUGACUAAAGUUUCAUUAGAACCAGUUAGAUAAAAACUCGAUAAGUAUAUCUAAAGUUUGCCUGGAGAUAAAAAGAUUGAGCAUAAAUAUGUCAUGAAAGUCAAAGGUAAAUGCUUGAAUAAUUUUCUAGGCAUCAUAAAAACUGAUUUGACUAAACUAUCAGUAGAAGGGUUUCCUUAAGAGUUGAAUAAAUAACUGCCAGCUCUUAAGCUUUUAAACAAAUAUGACUUGAUCUGGUUUGAUAUUUAAAUAGAAUAGAGAGUAGCAACACUGAAAGCUAAUUUUUUCGUAGGCUACAACCUAGGGCAAAAUACCUAUAAGAUGGGUUUUAUGUGCUUAAUAGGAAUAGCUCAUUUACCAGAUUCUAUGAAUAAACUAAGAUUUUACAGAGGGUUUGAUAUAAGACCUACGCUUAGUACAGAUAUAUCACAAAAUGUUCUUGAUGAAAUGCAAGACGUUCCUAAACAUGCUGCUCUUGUUACAAUGAAUCUUUUUCAGGCUAUUAAGAUGAUAUCAACGAAGAUUAUUGAUAGAUUACCUAUAAGUGGAAAUGUAAAAUAUGAAGAUGACAGACUUUUGCUUGAAGAAGAGCAGAGAUUGAUGAAACUCUAUCAGGAAGAGGAAAUGGCGAAACUGAUGACUAGGAAUAUCAACGAAACAAUGUAUUUAGAUGAAUUUUUAUAGGGAGAGGAAGAAGGUGAGGACUAAUAACCUGACGAACUUGAAGAAAUAUAGAAAUAGUACGAUUAGAUUAUGCCUGAAUGA